GCAUGUUCAUAUUUCACAUCUAAUGCUUUGCCAUUAAAGAUUACUUUCAUCAAUGCUAAUCCAAUGGGCAAAAACAUCAGCAUCAUUUUUAAGGCUGGAGAUGAUCUUCGUCAGGAUAUGCUUGUUCUGCAGAUUAUUCAAGUGAUGGACAACAUUUGGCUGCAGGAGGGCCUAGAUAUGCAAAUGAUCAUUUAUAGAUGUCUAUCCACAGGAAAAGACCAAGGAUUGGUGCAGAUGGUGCCCGAUGCUGUAACCCUAGCAAAGAUUCAUCGCCAUUCUGGACUGAUGGGACCACUGAAAGAAAAUACAAUCAAAAAGUGGUUCAGUCAGCACAACCACUCAAAGGCAGAUUAUGAAAAGGCCUUGAGGAACUUUUUCUAUUCCUGUGCUGGCUGGUGUGUGGUAACAUUCAUCCUGGGAGUCUGUGACCGUCACAAUGAUAAUAUCAUGCUGACGAAGUCAGGCCACAUGUUUCAUAUCGACUUUGGAAAAUUCUUAGGUCAUGCACAAACAUUUGGAGGGAUAAAAAGGGACAGAGCACCUUUUAUUUUUACUUCAGAGAUGGAGUACUUUAUUACAGAAGGUGGGAAAAAUCCACAGCAUUUCCAAGAUUUUGUGGAGCUUUGCUGUCGAGCUUAUAAUAUUGUAAGAAAGCAUAGCCGACUACUCUUGAACCUGCUAGAAAUGAUGCUACAUGCAGGAUUGCCUGAGCUAAGUGGAAUCCAAGACCUGAAAUAUGUGUAUAAUAAUCUUCGUCCACAAGACACAAACCUGGAAGCAACAAGUCAUUUUACCAGGAAAAUAAAAGAAAGUCUGGAGUGCUUUCCAGUUAAAUUGAAUAACUUGAUCCACACACUUGCACAAAUGUCAGCCAUCAGUCCUGCCCAAUCUACUUCACAGACUUCUUCCAAGGAAUCCUGUAUUCAAAGAGCAACAAUUUUAGGGUUCAGCAAGAAAUCCAGUAAUCUGUAUGUCAUCCAGGUGACACAGAGUAACAAAGCAAUAAGUCUGACAGAAAAAUCGUUUGACCAGUUUUCAAAACUUCAUAGUCAACUCCAGAAGCAGUUUGCAUCAUUGACUCUCCCAGAGUUUCCUCACUGGUGGCACUUACCUUUUACAAAUUCAGAUCACAAAAGAUUCAGAGAUCUAAAUCAUUACAUGGAACAGAUAUUAAAUGGAUCAUAUGACAUUGCAAACCUUAUGGCUCCAAAUGCAGAAGCCGUAACAGCUCUGCACAGGGUAAAACACUAUAGCAAAGUUAAAAACAGCAACAACAAAGCAAAGAUAAAUGACAAAACAGGUGAGGAAUUUCCUGACAAGAAGCCUAAGGUACAAUUAGUCAUAUCACACGAGGAUGCGAAGCUGACCAUACUGGUGAAACACAUGAAAAACAUUCAUCUCCCAGAUGGCUCCACGCCCAGUGCACAUGUUGAAUUUUAUCUUUUACCAUACCCCAGUGAAGUUCGUAGGAGGAAAACAAAAUCCAUUCCAAAAUGUACCGACCCCACUUACAAUGAAAUUGUGGUAUACAAUGAAGUCACAGAACUCCAAGGACAUGUCUUAAUGCUUAUUGUGAAGAGCAAAACCAUAUUUGUGGGAGCAAUUAACAUCCAACUCUGUAGUGUCCCACUCAAUGAAGAAAAAUGGUACCCACUAGGAAACAGUGUAAUUUGA